CGGUUGUGACUGAUGAGUGCAGGGUUGAGGACUCGGUGGGCUCUUUCUUUAACGUAGAUUUUUACCAGUUUUAUUCAGUGUUUUUUUAAAAUAGAACUUUCUCUUCAGAGGCGAAACGUUACCCCCGACAGGAUGUCUGUGGCCGGGCUGAAGAAACAGUUCCACAAAGCCAGUCAGCUACUCAGUGAAAAGAUCAGUGGGGCAGAGGGGACCAAGCUGGACGAGGACUUCAUGGAGAUGGAGAGGAAAAUCGAGGUGACCAACAAGUCAGUGUUUGACCUCUUGUCCAAAACGACAGAGUACCUCCAGCCGAAUCCAGCCUCUCGAGCCAAACUGAACAUGCUGAACACAAUGUCUAAGAUCCGAGGGCAGGUGAAGACCACCGGCUACCCUCAGACUGAAGGCCUGCUGGGAGACUGCAUGCUGCGCUGCGGUCAUGAACUGGGAGAGGACUCUGUCUUUGGCUGUGCUCUGGUGGAUAUGGGUGAUGCCAUGAGGCAGAUGGCAGAUGUGAAGGACUCCCUGGACAUAAAUGUCAAACAAAACUUUAUUGACCCCCUGCAGAAUCUACAGGACAAGGACCUCAAAGAGAUCACGCACCACCUGAAGAAGCUGGAGGGCCGCCGGCUAGACUUUGACUAUAAGAAGAAGCGUCAGGGGAAAAUCCCAGAUGAGGAGAUCCGGCAGGCUGUGGAGAAGUUUGAGGAGAGCAAAGAGCUGGCUGAGAGGAGCAUGUUCAACUUCCUGGAGAAUGAUGUGGAGCAGGUGAGCCAGCUGUCAGCACUGAUUGAGGCAGCCUUAGAGUACCACCGGGAGUCCUGUACGAUCCUGGAGGAGCUCAGCGGGAAGCUGCAGAAGAGGAUAUCCACAGCCAGCAGCCGGCCCAAGAGAGAAUUCAAACCAAAGUCCAUCAGGAGCAGCAUCGAAACUCUGGACAACAAUCAGCACAACGGCCUGUCCUACAGCUCCUCAGUCAGAUCCACCGAUAUCCAGAUCAACCACACAGUCAAUGGGAAAACGCCAUCUCCAUUUGUCUUUGCAUCUCACCCAGCUGAUCAUAUAACCUCUGUCCCACUGUCAUGGCCUGAGAGCCCCACUACCAAUGGCCAUCUUCACCAGUCGGAGGUGUUGGACCAGCCGUGCUGUCGCUCCCUCUAUGACUUUGAGCCAGAGAAUGAGGGCGAGCUGGGCUUCAAAAAGGGCGACAUCAUCAUCCUCACCAACCAGAUAGACGAGAACUGGUAUGAGGGCAUGAUCAACGGCGAAUCCGGCUUCUUCCCCAUCAACUACGUAGAGGUCCUCGUCCCCCUGCCUCAGUGAAGACCGGCACCCCAGAGUCCUCCACAGACUCCUUCCUGCCUCAUCCUGCUCAGCCUCUGUCCUCAGCUCGACUCGGGGCGGGGGGGGGCUGAAAACAUCCGGGGGGCCUGCUCCGCCUGAAGCUGUCCCAAGCCGACUCAAGAUCAGACGUCGUUGAUUUGUUUCUGUUGAUAUUUAUGAACCUGAAACCAACUGAAAUCCAAGCCAUUAAAUGUGACAGUCCGCCUCCUUGGAUCCUUUGUGUCCUUUGGGUCUGACCGAGGUGAAAAUGUCAAGCAGUCGUUAAACUCUCCACACCAUCCCAUCAGCCCCUCGAAUCAGGCUGCUUCCUGUUUAUCCUUAUAGAAGUGUGUCUCUUUGAGAUGUCUGCCUGCCUUUGCCCUCCCUCACCAUAAACUGAGGCUCCUUACCUUUGCUUGAAGUGCACCAUGGGACACCAUGACUGCAUUGUUAGACCACUACAAUCAAAUGAUGUGCUUUUCUUUGCGUUAUAGUCACAUUAGGAACAUGACAGACAAUUUUUUUUUUUAUUUUGUCAGAGGGUUUGUGUUUACAUCACGAAUCCCCUCGUGAUGACUUGAACUGCCGUGGAACUCUCACUUAGCUCGCCAAGAAGCGAACAGUCACAUGGAUCUGGCUCUAAAUGAUCAGCUUGAUGUCACCCAGAUUGGCCCCCGUCAUCUAACCCUGCAGGUAGUUUAGGUUUUAUUUGUUCCAGAUUGUUUGUCUCUGAGGUUUCUGCCUCCUCCCAAAUACAGUGGAGGAGAGUGGAGUUUCAUUUCAUGGUGCUCACCCCAUUUAAAGACAGUUAAAAGAAAUGCAAACAUUCUCAAGGUGACUAAGAAAAUAGGAUUUCUUUUAAUUUGGUUGAACCAGACCUUGAAGAGAAGACAAGACGUGGUGAGCUUAAGGCCUACCACAUCUUCUCACCCACUGCUUCACAAGAAGACCCCAGUGGUCCUGUAGUCCACUGAUUUUGUGUUUUGUAUUUUUUUUAAAGCAUUUUAAUGGUGUUAUCAUCCAAACACAAGCCUCAUUUCUACACUGUUGCCCAUAAAGUUGGAAUAAUUUUGUUUUCAGACACCCUCCUCUUUUUAUUCCUAUUUAUACACAUCAGUAAUCACAUUGGGAGAGAUUGAUCAAUAAAGUUUUGAGAAGAUAUACACUUUAUCAAGAACAAAUCACAUUGCCACAAUCAUUUCAUGAGAAGAGGUCAAAUAUAUUUUAUUCCCACUUUAUGGAAAACGGUGUAUAAGUGUUUAUGUUGCCUUGUGAGGUCUUCCCAGAGUUCAAGGAUAAUUCCUCUUUAUUACAGCUAGGUUCUUGUUUUCAUAUGUUUACCAUCAUGUGGCUAAUGAACUCACACUCAUUAAGUUAGCUGCUGAGAUCAGGGACAUGGGGACAUUGCUUAAAAACAUGCAUCAAGAGAACAAGCAGACAGUUAGACGGGUUUUAAAGCUGCACUAGUCAACAUUUUGGAUCAACAGUUGGUCGAAUGACUACUUUUAAUUUACAGAGAAUUAUGACCAGUCACCGUCUGCAGUUCCCCGCAGCUCUGUAAAACGUUAGACUAGCUUCAUUGUUUUGGUUUUACAGCCAACAACUUUACUAUUUUUGGUUGAGUCUCUCAGCUCUCAUCGGCUUGUCUCCAGCAGCAGCAGCAGCAGCAGCUGUUACAGUGAAAAGCUUCUGAUAAAGCCACUGUAAUAAAACUUGAUUAAUGUUGCUUUAGACAAACACCCAGGUUGGCCAAACAUAUUUUUGGUAGAGAAAAUGAAGGCAAAAGGUAAAAUUAUUACCCAAACAUGCAUCCCAGUUUACAGACAGACGUCCUUAUUUCAUUUUGACCUACUGUAUCUUGCCAUAGGCACGCUCACACAGUUUUCCUGUGUAAUCUCAGGUGUGUACAUUUUCAGUUUAACUCCAAAUAUUCUGCUCCGUCAGCUGUUUCUUGACAUGGGACUUGGUUGCAGUAUCAUUACCGUGUUCCCAGAUCUCAGCAGUUAUUUUGGUGACUACAGCGUAACAAGCCAAGUUUAACACUGACGUUGUUCUAAAGCAGAAUUAUCCUUUAUGCUGUGAACUUUUGAUCAGUGUUUUAGCUUUAGCUUUCCACACAAAGCAUUUCUAUUACGUGUUUUGAAUAUUUUGGGAACAUUAGAAGCCACGGCCCUCGGACAGUGAUCACACCUGACUCACAGAGCCUCACAUUCCACUGGGAUCGUGGCAGACAGUAUGUGAUGUAUAUUAGUGCUCUGUUAGACUGGGCCUGGAUUUGUGUUGUGAUUGACUCUGCCUGUUUGCCUGCUGUGCUCUUACGUGUCGCCCAGAACACACGUUUAGGUCUGUGAGGACCUGAAGUCAGCUCCGUCUCUCUGAAUGUCUCUCUCUCUCUCUCUCUCUCUCUCUCUCCCUCUCUCUCUCUCUCUCUCUGUUUACACACAGAUGUAUUGUGACUUAAUGUGAGGACAUCAUAGGGAUGAAUGCCUUGUCACACUGAAACCAUAUGAAAGUGCUUUUUGAAAUGUCGUCUGUAUUGCACUGAAGCUUUAGAAUCUACCUACCACAUGUUUAUGGACAUGCACCUUUUUUUCAUUGUUGUUGUUGUUGUUAAUUUUUUUCUUUUCCACAUACUCAGCGUUUGCACUUUGUGUUACUCACAGCGGGGUUAGAAUCACUACCAUAUCAGAUAUAGACGUGAAGUCAGAAUGGUAGAUACUUAGAUUUAUCUAAUCACAGAUGUUCUUCGUACGCUGUAAAGAAUCCACUAUCUCCAUUAUUAUGACGUAGAUUGAAAAAAAAUGGAUGUAUCACAUCUUGAGUCAGACGUAGAGUCUGUUACCUUGUGAAACUCAUUCCAGCUGUCUUAUUAGCUAGUGAUAAGCCGUAGAUAAGUGAAGGUCAGCAGUUUCUGUGUGGCCGUGCUGAUAAACCUGUUUAUUUAGGAAGUCCCAUCAUGGUGUGAGUAGGUUAAACAGCCUGAUAACCAGCAGUCAUCUCUCCUGACUAUAGAUGUAUGACAGGAGGGUGCAAGAGGUGAAUUACCGUAAAUUCUCAAAGAGAGGGAAGAGGCUUUUAUUUACCGUAACUGCAGAGCAAACCAGCUUUUUAUUUAAAGCUUUGUUUCAUAGGUGUGUUUGGUCAGAUUUUAGUAAGAAGCCUCCUUUUUGUCUGAUCUGCCCCAGUUUGCUGAUUCCAGAUUCAAAGCUUGCUCUAUGUUCACCUGUGGACUUCCACAGCACAGCACCAAAGUGGAGUCAGCACUCACCACUCUGCUGUUUUCCUUCACUGAUUUAUUCCGUUUGAUUCUGCUCUGCAGUUCUCUGUGCAGUGGUUUCACAUUGAAAUCAGUGUGCAGUUUAAAUCACUUCAUUCUUCCAUUGACCCCAUUCAGUUUGGGGUCAAUUCAUCAAUUUUCGAAAUUUACUACAGCUCUCAUUCACUCCUCUGAUGGACUACCUCUCAGUAGCAGCAGCAGCCAAGGCUCAUGGGUAUUGUAGUAUUUUGAAUUGAGUUUCAGCAGAGUGCUUGAGUGUGAGAUCACUCAUGGAUUUAUCUCUGUGGAAAGGUUUCACUGCUUUUAUUAGUGACCAACCUUCAUCUAUUCAUCUAUUAUUUGAACACCACCUUUUAUUUGAGAAUUUACGGUACUCACAGGUAUUCUCAUAACAACUCCACAAAGUUGUUUUUUUUUUCCCUCCAGACCUGUGUGCAUUUCCUUAGUUUUUUUGUUACCCACAAAGAUUUACUGAUUUACUUUAUUAUGUGAAAACCCCCGACCUAAACUCAGGGUUGGGUGUUCGUCCCAGUAUGUGCUCGACGGACUACGUUCUUAUUCUACAUGGUAUAGAUUUCAUCUUUUAUCGUAUGUGGACCAACUCGACUUUAUAUUCAACAGAGCGAAAAUAAAUAAAAUGUAUUGGAUACUUACUGUUAGCUUGCGAUUGCUUAGAUGUUCAACAUGUUGCAUGAUGCAAUGAUUUUUUUUUUUUUUUUCUUUCUUAAGAUUGUUAUCAUGGAGUUUUGGAUACUGGGGAGCUCUUAGCACACGGUGCCAUCUGCAACACAACAUGUCCCAGAGAGGGCGCUCGUCAGGUGGUUUGAUCCUGCAUUCAGUCUCCACAAUACUUUUUUUUUUUAAAUCUUCUUCUUUAGAGGACUGCAACAUGGUUUAAGAAGUCGUCCUAUAAAUGCAGUUCUUAUGAAACAAGUGGAACCAUCCACACUAACUCCUUUUCCAAAGUGUUUGACUUUGUUCCAAGAUUUAAGACUGAAUGCAAGAAGAGCCGAUUUUAAACUGUUUAUGUUUUUCUUUGCAGUUGCCUCCACUGUAUGAAUGACUCGUCGAUACACUAAAACAAGAUCUGUCAACACUUUACCUCUGUUUUGCCUUUGCAGUCUACAAACGUCUCUCCUCAGUAUUCAUUUUACAACCAACUUCUAGGCAAAGGAAAAUGGCUGCGCAGUUCUGUUUUAUUUUUUCAGUAGCAUAAUUUAUGCAAAAGGUGUUUUAUAGAUGUUGUAAAUGAAUAUAUGAAUAAAUAUAUUGCGUAAAUAAAUGACAAGCAAAUAUUCA